AUGGUAACCCCGGGGGCGGGGUGCAAUGAGAGGGAUGGGGCGGAGCGUGAGGGUGGGAGAGACGAGUGGGAGGGGCUGGCGCUGCAGAGUCGGCAGCGCGUUUCCUGGCCCAACGAUAACACGGGCUAUCAGCGCGCCGCCAGCAGCGGCCGUGCCUGCGAAGCGACGCCAGCACGCGCGCACGCCAGCGCAUACCCUCCGAUAAUGGCGCCAGGCGGGCACGCCGUUGUUUUUUCGGUGCUGCCGCGCCGGGGCAGAGGGUCCUGCUCCGCAGCAUCCCCGCCGCCCGUCGCCGACGCCGACGCCGCCGAUGCCGACGCCGGCGCUGGAAGCAGGCGGGACCUCGUCGCGGCGCGCAGCAGCGGCGCUCAGCACGCGAGCUGCGGCGGCGGCUGGGACGCCGCUCGCUGCUUCCGGGGACCGGACGAGAAUAUUUUGCCUGCUGAAUCGCCCCACCUCGGAACGGCUCGCUGCUCUGACGAGGGAGAACUUUCUCCCGUCUGGAACAACCAUCAUCGUUCAGGCUUUGGGUAUGAGACUUGCCCAGACAGCAUAGAGAAAAAUAUCUGGCUCGACGUGAAAGUGCAAAUGAUACCAUCCAAAACAGUAAAUGAAACCAGACCCAAUCCGGCGCCGGCGGCGGGCCGCGGCGCGUGGUCGGUGUGCCCCGAGGCGUGCGAGUGCUCGCUGGACGCGCGCGGCCGCCGCGAGGUGUCGUGCCUGCGGGGCGGCAUGGACGGGCCGGUGCCCACCGCCGACAUGGACCCGCCGCGCGUCGAGGUGCUGCGCAUCUCGGCGCCGCCGCACCACCCCAACACGCUCACCAUCGGGCCCAUCUUCCAGCACUUCCUGCGCCUCGAGGAGCUGCACAUCACGCGCUCCCGCGUGCCCGCCAUCGGCAAGCACUCCUUCUGGGGAGUGCCCUCUCUCAGGGUGCUGAACCUGACGGAGAACAACAUCUCUCACGUGCUGGACCACAACUUCCGCGGGCUGGCCGAGCUGCAGGCGCUGCACCUGGACGACAACCGCAUCGAGUCGAUGCCGAGCGGCACGUUCCGCCACCUGCAGGAGCUGCGCGUGCUGACGCUGGCCAGGAACCGCUUCGCCGAGCUGGGCCCGCGCCUCUUCCUCAUGCUCGGCAAGCUCACAGAGCUCGACCUCAGCGGCAACCGGCUCGGAGACCUCAAUCCUGAAGUCUUCAAGGACGUCCAGAGGCUGCGCGUGCUGCGCUGCCGCGGCUGCGCGCUGUCCAACAUGAACACCAUGGUGUACCGCCUGCUGCCCGACCUGACGCUGCUCGACCUGGGCGACAACGAGUUCAAGUACGUGGCGGCCGACGAGUUCAGCGACCUGCGGCGCCUGCGCACGCUGCUGCUCGACGGCAACCAGCUGCCGGUCGUGCUCGAGAACAGCUUCCAGCAGCAGCACGACCUCGAACACCUGUCGCUCGCGCGCAACCGCCUCGCCAAGGUCACCGCUCAGGCGUUCCACGGGCUCUCCACCCUCAGGAGCCUCGACUUGGGCUGGAACAAGCUGGACCGUCUGGAGCCCGCGUCGUUCGUGCCGCUGACGCAGUCCCUGAGGGAGCUGGACAUAGCGGGCAACGCGCUCUCCGAGGAGAACGUGCACUACGUGCUGCAGGAGCUGCCGAACCUGCAGAACCUGUCGAUCGCGCACCUGCAACUGCAGUCGGUGCCCGCGGUGGUGGGCGCGCUGGCGCAGCUGCGGCGCCUGAACGCCUCGGGCAACCGGCUGACGCAGCUGCCGGCGCCGCCGCCGCUGCCCGCAGCGCUGCUGGAGCUGGACGUGUCGCACAACCUGCUGCGGGGCGUGCACGAGGGCGCGGUGGCGCGGCUGCUGCAGCUGCGCCGGCUGCGCGCCCGCGGCAACCCCUGGGUGUGCGACGCGUGCCACGCGCCCGCGCUGCUGCGCCUGCAGGCGCCGGCCGACGGCCCGCUGGCCGAGGGCGGCGCGGGCCAGUGCGCCGCCCCCGCCGCCCUGCGCGGCCGCCGCUUGACGGAGGUGGCGCGUCUCCAUGCGCUGCCGCCCUGCGCCGCAGACGCCGACUACGACGGCGGCGGCGUCCCCGACGUGACCGGCGCGGGCUCUGCCGGCGUGCUGCUCGGUGACGAGUCGCGGCUCGGCUUCAUCGCCGUCGGCGGCGCCGUGCUGCUGCUGCUCCUCACGGGAGCGGUGCUGCUGGCGGGCCUGGCGUACACACGUCACCACGCGGCCCACUACUAUACCCGAGAGGAGCGGCGCGCGGCGGCUGCGGCGGCCGCCGGCAUCACCGACGCCGACGACGUCUUCGAGAACCCGGCGGCGCUGCACUCCAACGGCGACGUCAAGUGCGCCCUGGUCGCCGCAGAGAAGCCGCUCGCCUCGGUCGCGACCAUCAGUAAGGAAGCUGCCGCCGCAGCCGCAGCGGCCGGCAUGCGCAACGGCACCGCCUGAGCGGUGCGCUUCAGCGACGUCCUGGAGACGCGCUGCUAGGCGGCCGCGCGAACAGUGCAUCCUGGCGCGGUCGCCACGCACAGUGGUCAGUGUUCUGUGCCCAUAAACAGUGCGCCUCUUACUGAGAUCGUGGACUAAGCGCCAUGUCACACACACACUACGUAUCUACUUGCUGGCGCUACGUCCGGUGAAGUGAAAUGAGUGGUCGUAGUGCUCGCCACCACCACUCGUACCUGUGGAAUGCAGCUGCUUUCGCCAGUGAAGUGCUAAAACCAUAGCGGUUCUGCGUCAUAUAUCGCGUGAAUAUUCGAUCAAGUACUAGACUGAUGAUGCUUACAACAAAACCACUGAAAAGCGCUGUAUGCAGACUGUUUGUAUAGGUAUAUACAAUACUCAAUCCGUUUCAAAAUGACAUAUUAAAACUCAGCAACCACAGAAGCAACGGAUAAUGACGUAUCAGAGAAGAAAUACCAUCGUUACAACUAAACGACAACAGAAGCUAUUCUGCGAUGGAGGUGAUGUGUGUCUGAUGCCUGAAACGCGUCUGUACCAUAAGCUACUUUGUUGAUGUUAAUUCUCAAAUCUUAGAAAAUUUUUGCAAGGUAAGGUAGAUGUUUCGUUUCUGUGCAGCAAUGCAGUGUUGGACCAAACUAAAUGAAAUGUUCGCAACAUAGUCACAGUUUUAGUUAAAAUCUACUCUGUAUACUAGCUGAUUCAUUUGAAUAGCACUUAGAUGUACUUCUAUCAGUAUUGAUACAAUUCUACUACAAAUUAAUCAAACUUUUUUGACGAGUGCACCAACAAAUACCGGUGAUGGCUGUUCCAUUCUGGGUGUUUUUUAUUUGAAGAUAAGUUUCUACUGCACGAACUGACUAAUUGUAGUGUGUUAGAGAAACAUCUACGGGCUCUCCAAAGCUCAUGAUAUCACUACAGGAAAUAUAGUAACUAUAGUAACUAUAUCUAAAGAGAGUUCGAAUUACACUGGCCUCUCACAGGCAAUUUAAUGGUUCAACUCCUCUUUGGGUCCAUUAAAUCACUAUCUAACUUGGAAAAUACUUUCACACCUCUACGGGACCAGCAUCUCAAAUGCGUAGCGGAGAGCGUUUGCGUUAACAACAGCAGCUGGAUAUGAACUGAUAGGAGACAGAUUUAGUCGAUUGUACACUUUUGAUUAGUAUCGCAUCAAAAUAAAAUGUCAGUUAUAAUGCUGAAAUAACGACUAUCUGAAACUCUUAUCUGUAUUGAUUCAUCAAAGGAAGCAAGUUCCGCAGUAUCAUGGGUGAACCUAAACAGAUCUUCGAAGAGAUAUAAUUCGAGUCAGCCUGCGCCAUGAUAAAGUGUGAAUCGUUUAUUAUAACAUUGCUGCUGAGAAACAGUUGUUCGGGCUGGAUCGUCAAACUGUCAUAUAGUGUCAGCUUUCCACAUUCAAUCAGCUAACACACAUUUCGUGUAACGUAAUUUCAAUCCACCCAUUUAAUUAUUAACAACACAUAUUUGCUACAGGAUCCUGUAUUAAUGGGAUUUCAGGUUUCACCAAUUUGCUUUAAAUCAGUGUAUUUUUUUCUCUUUUAACAUAAGUAAGAUUUCUCUCAAUUAAUAUUGAGUUUUUAAAUUUUAUGACCAAGGGAGGCUUUGGACUAAACCCUUUUGAGGGGAGAAAAAUAUUUCUGUUCUAUAUCAAUAUAAAACAUUGAUUGCACUUCACUUUUUUUCAAUAUUGUUAUUCGAUAUCUGUAACCAACAUCGCUAAUUUUCUAGACAAGCAUACAGUUUUUGUGGUAUCCUUAACCAACAUCGCUAAUUUUAUAGACAAGCAUACAAUUUCUGUGGUAAUCAGAACCUCUUGGAUUUUACAGUAGCAUUUUUACUGCUUCCAGGGUGUCAAACUGUUCAUGGUAGCACCUGGCAUCAGUAGGCUUCAAAUGGCAGUUGGUCUUUCAUAAGUAACAGUUUAAUGCCUGUCUACCAAACAACAAUCUGCAUUGCCUAGAUAAUUUAUUGUUCAAUGCUGCAAUUCUUUUCCUAAUAGUAAUUGUGGAUAAAUAUUAAGCUCUUUUUCUGUGAUGGAGUUUCAGAUCAUGACGAUGUUUGGCAUGAGAAAAAUAAUGGUUACAUUUAAUCUAAUGAUUUCCAUAAUCAGUUUCACCCUUAAGCUACUGUUCUGAAAACUGUUCAUUCUUUGGUAGUUAAACUCGAAUCAACUGUUGGCAAUGUUCCUUACUGGUACUGGUUUAGGAGAAAUUUGUGGCAGGAUGAAACACUAACCUAACUAGCAAUAUAAAAGACAUACAGGAAGAAUUUUAGUUACUAGAGUAAUGGAACAGUGCUGAGUUGUUGGAAGUCAAGAACAAUAACAACUUUUAUGGAUUUGAUUGUGAAGAAACAUGAACGAGCGCGGUGAAAGAACGUAGUUUACCUUGAACAGACAUGUUUAUAACAAAUCAGAAAAUGUUGAAUUUUCAAGUAUUUUCUUCAUGGAAUGUGUACUGAAAGCGUAGAGCUGGAGGUGAAGUUUUAUUACUUGUUGUUCGUUGAGCAUAAAUUUAUCUUUGUAUGAAUGAUAUCACUGUCAUAUAACCAGUACAAGACUAUCCAUUCGCAAAGGAAGUGAACUCUUUCGAUGAUUACAUUUUUGGGCUUGCAUGAUUUGAGGGAGUAAGUAGUUACAGACUGUGUGUAAGUUGGUAUACUACAAUUUAUAUAUAUUUUUGUAAAAACUGUUUUGUAACACAAAUGAAGAAAUGACUGUAAACAAAAGUGUAAUAUCAUUAUUAAAUAUUUUGCAAAUAUUCAUAACUAUUAAAUCAUGAAACAUUUUAAAACGUUAUUGGGAAUUUUUGUGUAGUUUAUUGAGGCACUUGGAGCCACCAGGGUGAAUUUUCGGCAUUCUUGUUGUGAUUAACUCUCAAAUAGUUAUCAAGAGUUAUGUGCUUAUUUUUAAUUAGAAAUCAGUAAUUUUGUACCAAAUUAAUAUCAGAACUAUGAGCACUCUACAUAACAUAGUGUCCCUAACCCUCUUGGCACUCAUGAAAGAAAUAUGCCCACAUAUUUUGCAACCCCAAGAAAAGCAUGAUAUUUCCUAAAGAAGAUAUAAGUUACAGAUAAAUUCUAUAUACAGUCACAGUAAUCAAAUAUAUUUUAAACUAAUGUAGUGUGCAACAGUGAAGACAUUAUUUUACUACCAAAUAGAUGUAAGUAUGUAAAUAUAUGCGUGUGUGUGUAUUUAUUAUUAGUAAGUCCUGAAAAGAAAUAUUUUAUUACACGAAAAUGCCAUGUGUUUAACAUUCUUUUGAUCUUAUUAAAAUUGUUAAGAAAUUCAUAUUUUAUGACCAUGAACCAAUUUGUUG